UCAGUUGACUUCACAUUUCGGAUUAGAGAGCUACCAGUCCGUUUAUAUGCUCUCAGUUCAAGUGGGUGCGUGUCAGCAGUAAUAAUCACGUGUCAACGUGAAAUUAAUCUUAUCUUUCAAAUAUAGUUUCAGUUCUAAAAUGCACGAACCGUUUUUCAACAGGAACUUUCUUAGCCUGAAGUUAGUUUCGCUGCAUUUGAGGCGGUUUACAUUGAUUCUGUAGGAAAUGCCGUAUACUGUUCUUUAAUAUCAUGGGUGAAUGCAGAAGGGGGAAUAUACCCCCUUUAUCUUAGAGCAGAACACCUACUUAAAAGUUGACAUUCUGCGUAGUUUUAAAGAUUGAAAGAUUAUAGUAUUCCGUAUAUUUAUAGUUUUCAAAUCAUAUCAUCUUCCUUGACAAAAAGAGAUUUUUAAAAAAUAGGACGGGGUGGUACACCCUUGCAUAGAGUUUCACCCUGUUUCAUGCAAUCAAUUGACAGUUCAAUAUAUCAUUGAGGCAACGUGAUACGCGGAUCGCAUGCAAAUUUGCGGAAGUACUUGUUCUGAUUUGUUUCAUCUCAAAGCGUUUCUAUUUAGGGAUUAUUUUAAAGACUUCAAUCAUAGUUAGACGACUUCCUUUUGUUACCUCACCUCAGUCGUACGCAAAACUACUAACAUUGCAGUUGUCGGGGGCGGAUUUACACGGGCUUUCUAUGCCGCAUAGAACUGACAAUCUUUUGUUUGUAUUAAAUGAUAGACUUACAUUUGAUAUCAUGAUGGGAAGAUAAUGUCCAUAUAUACUUUACAUCUGUUGAAAGAAUUUGGGUUUACUACUUCGUUUUGGGUCCAGCAAUUCAAGCAUAUGCAGCGUUGAAAUUGAUUUCGCGUGCCUGGCUGUAAAUAAGUUUGUUUUUUCGAUUUAUAAUGUCUGCAAAGUAAUCUUUUUAGCAGUUUUAGUUUGCGUAAUCUUUAUAAUUCUUUAUUUGUGUUAGCGAGGUAUUUAUGAUAAUAAAGGGUUGAAUGUAUCUCAAGACCUUGCCCUUUCUUGUGAUGACCAAAAAAGGAUGUUUGGAAUGGCUGUAUUUUUAUAAAACAUGACUCCUAUCGCUGGAAAUAUUGACACUUAUAGACGGAUUGUGUACGAUUAUAGUUAAGGGGGGUACUCGAAGAUUGCCGCCAGUUUGCCAAGCUAAAUUUUGACACCCUUGUCGGCGUGUUUAUGUUUGUCUAGGAGGUAAAAGCUUUUAAUGUAAUGCAGUGCGCAAAAAGUUUUGAACACAUUCUUGAAUGAUAACAGAGCACAUCCUUAUCAUUAGAUGUAGUGAGCACUCAUCCCAAAAUCUGCAAAAUAGUCAUGGAGCACCAUAAAGUUUAGUGAAUUCGGAAAGUAUGCGCACUUUGCGCUCUUGUUACACGGUGGCGCGUGCGACUUGUAGAGUUUGCGUGCAACAAUUUCUGGAAUUAAAAAAACCUUGCUUGUUUCCAAAACACAGCUUGUGAUAAACAAGUAUGCUCAUUAUCAUUCACCGCGGGAGAGACUUCACCUUACGAUAAUGUCAGCGUCAAAACUCUUUUUUAACAUAACUUAUUUUACAUUCAUGCAUCUUGUUUAUUUUCAAAGUUAACAUAUAUUUGAUACUGUGCUGCGCUCUUGAUCAUGUAAAUAAAGCAUUAUAGUGAUCAAAUUAUUAUUACUAUUAUUAUUUAUCUAACAUGGCGUUUCCUGUCAUGCCGCUUUCAUAUAGGAUUGAGUGUUCAAAUAUGGACGAUCGGACGUUUCUUUUCUAGAGAUUUAUUAUUUUAAAUAAGUAAAAACUUUGAUUUUGUUUGAUAAAAAGAAGCAAAAUGGCCGAGUCAGCAGCAAAACAGACCUCAAGAGUACCAAAGGUUGCAAAGGUGAAGAACAAGGCACCAGCUCAUGUUCAAAUUACUGCCGAACAACUUUUAAGGGAAGCCAAAGAACGGCAGCUUGAAGUAGUGCCACCUCCCCCAAAGCAGAAAAUAUCUGAUCCAGAGGAACUUAAAGAAUACAAGCUUCGGAAAAGAAAGGCAUUUGAGGAUAAUAUCAGAAAAAAUCGGUCGUUGAUGCCAAACUGGAUUAAGUAUGCACAAUGGGAGGAAAGUCAGAAUGAAAUUGAUAGGGCAAGGUCUGUAUACGAACGUGGUAUUGAUGUUGAUCAUCGAUGCAUUCCAAUCUGGCUGAAAUAUGCUGAAAUGGAAAUGAAGCACCGUCAAGUGAAUCAUGCUCGUAAUAUCUGGGAUAGGGCUGUGACCAUCUUGCCUAGAUGUAAUCAAUUCUGGUAUAAAUACACAUACAUGGAGGAAAUGCUUGGUAAUAUUGCUGGUGCUCGACAAGUGUUUGAAAGAUGGAUGAAUUGGGAGCCAGAGGAACAAGCCUGGCAUUCUUACAUCAAUCUUGAACUUCGCUUCAAAGAGUUUGAGAGAGCUCGCAGUAUUUAUGAACGAUUUGUUCUCGUCCAUCCUGAGGUGAAGAAUUGGAUAAAGUAUGCAAAGUUUGAGGAAAAACAUGGAAAUAUAGUGAAGUCUCGUGACGUGUUUGAGAGAGCAGUUGAGUUCUAUGGGGAGGAAAACAUGGAUGAAAAAAUAUUUGUGGCAUUUGCAAGAUUUGAGGAGGCUUGUAAGGAGCACGACAGAGUGAGGGUUAUCUGUAAAUACGCUUUGGAUCAUUUACCCAAAGAACAAUGUCAGGAUCUAUAUAAAUUUUACACCCAACAUGAGAAAAGAUUUGGCGAUAAAGGUGGCAUAGAAGAUGUCAUUGUUUCCAAGAGAAAAUUUCAAUACGAAGAGGAAAUUAAAGUGAAUCCUAACAACUAUGAUGCAUGGUUUGAUUAUAUCCGUCUUAUGGAAAAUGAAUCAACACCAGAUGCUGUGAGGGAGACAUAUGAGCGUGCUAUAUCCAACAUACCUCCAUCUCAGGAGAAAAGAUUAUGGAGACGUUACAUUUAUCUGUGGAUAAAUUACGCCUUGUAUGAAGAGUUGAUGGCAAAGGAUAUGGAGAGGACAAGACAGGUGUACAAAGCAUGUCUGGAUAUCAUUCCUCAUAAAAAGUUUACCUUCGCUAAGAUCUGGCUUUUGUACGCACAGUUUGAAAUUCGUCAGCUGGAGUUAAUGAAUGCAAGAAAAGCCUUGGGUACUGCUAUAGGGAAAUGCCCGAAAGACAAGUUAUUUCGAGAGUACAUUGGCUUGGAACUUCAGUUACGAGAAUUUGACAGAUGUCGAAAGCUGUAUGAAAAGUUUUUGGAGUUCAAUUCGUCAAAUUGCACAACGUGGAUUAAGUAUGCAGAGCUGGAAACGAUUCUUGGGGAUGUUGAAAGAGCAAGAGCAAUUUUCGAGUUGGCUGUGGGACAGACUUUAUUGGAUAUGCCGGAGGUGUUGUGGAAGGCGUACAUUGAUUUUGAGAUUGGUCAAGAAGAGUUUCAGAAAACGAGAGACCUUUACGAACGACUGCUGGAGAGGACACAACAUGUGAAGGUAUGGAUAAGUUAUGCUCAAUUUGAAUUGACAACUGACCUGGAGGACCGCGUGAAACAAGCAAGGAAUGUGUACGAACGUGCUAACGGUGAACUGAAGAGAGCGGAAGAUAAAGAAGAAAGAUUUAUGUUACUGGAAUCAUGGAAACAAUUUGAAACAACGUCAGGUGAUGAAGAAUCACUCGAGCUUGUUCAAAAGAAGAUGCCACGAAAAGUUAAGAAGAGAAGAAAAGUCGAAACAGAUGAUGGGUCGGAUGCAGGCUGGGAAGAAUAUUAUGAUUAUAUAUUUCCGGAUGACGAAGAUGGCCGUCCAAACUUCAAACUUCUACAAAUGGCCAGACUUUGGAAACAGAACAAGGCUCAGGAGUGAACAUCAGCGUCACACAAUAUCAAAAUUAUGUUGAUGGAAGAUAAGAUUGAUGAUAUUGCCGUGAUGUGAUGUGAUAAGUAGGUAAAGCGUUCAACUAACCAUUGAA